AUGUCUUCGACAGUUGUCUCGGCACCCGGCAAAGUUCUUCUGACAGGCGGAUAUCUAGUACUUGAUAGGAAAUAUGAAGGGCUUGUGAUCGGAACAAGUUCUCGUUUCUAUACUGUAAUUCAACCUGGUGACAAUUUAUCAAAAAUUAUUAUUCACACUCCACAGUUUGACGACCCAAAUUGGGAGUAUAAAAUUGCAAUAAAAGAAGGUGACAAGGAUAGAUGUAAUACGUUUAUUGAGACUGUCCUAAAACAUAGUUUGUUAAUUAUCGCAAACCGUAUUCCCAGUCAAAAAUUCGAUGAAUUAGUCCUUAAAGGGCUAAAUAUUUAUAUGGCUGGAAGCAAUGACUUUUAUUCACAACGUGAACAACUAAAGAACUUGAAUUUGCCUCUCACCACCGCAUCAUUACGUGCACUGACACCAUUUUGUAAAGUCCAUACCUUCCUUAAACAAGUUCAUAAAACGGGUCUUGGUUCAUCGGCAGCACUUACAACUUCCUUGGUUGCAGCUUUAUUAGUUUAUUUCGAAUGCGUUGAUAAAAUUAAUGAUGAUGUCAAGGAAAGAACGUUAAUUCAUAAUGUGUCACAGUUUUGUCAUUGUCUUGCUCAAGGCAAAGUUGGGUCAGGGUUUGACGUUUCUGCCGCCGUCUGGGGAAGUCACGUGUACAGGAGGUUCUCGCCAACGAUAUUGGAACCAGUAAUUAAAAGCGAAAAUGUUGAUAUAGCCGUUCUCAGUAAAAUUGUCGAUUCAGAUUAUAAAUGGGACAAUCAGAUAGCGCCAUUCACCCUUCCUCCAGAAUUUAAAAUGGUUCUUGCUGAGGUAGAUUCCGGAUCUAAUACACCAAGCAUGGUUGGAAAAGUAUUGGCAUGGCGUAAAGAAAACCCCGAACAGGCGAAUAUAUCGUGGAAUAUGAUUUCUUCUAGUAAUACAAUUGUCCUUAAUAAUCUCAUCGAAUUAACCAAAGAAUAUGAGAAGGAUAAAACGGAGUACUAUAACGCAAUUAGAACUUGUUCUUGUGUUAAAGGACCUAUGAAAGUCCGUCAAUUGCUACGUGACGUGUCAAACAUGUCAGAUGCACCAAUCGAACCACCUAUGCAAACAAGAUUACUCGAUGCAUGUACCGAGGUUCCUGGUGUAAUUAUGGCUGGUGUCCCUGGUGCUGGUGGGUACGAUGCUAUAUUUUGUGUAGGUAUUGGAGAUAAUUUUAUUACACAAGUUGAAACCGUUUGGGAAAAUUGGAACGAAAUGAGUGUUGGACCUUUGCUAACAAGAGAAUCUUCAGAUGGAUUUAUGAAAGAAAACUUAGAGAAUGUAUUAGGCUUGAAAAACUGUUUGGAAUCAUAA